GAAAAAAGCCAACGCUUCCGGUCUGCGCAAGAAAGGCGGAUGAAGCGGCCCCAACACCGGGAACAAAGGACUGUAGAGUGAAACAAUAUGAGAAUAGAUUGAUCCGCUCUUCACGAGUCUGCAGCCACGAUGUCAAAACGGCCAUCCUAUGCCCCUCCCCCUCCCCCAGCCCCAACAGCACAAUUGCCUUCCACCCCUGGGUUUGUGGGCUACAACCCUUACAGCCAUCUGGCCUACAACAACCUCCGCCUGGGAGGGAGCACCGGAGGCUCCGGCAGGAACUCCACAGGCAUCACAGUUCCAAAACCUCCCAAGCCACCAGACAAGCCACUGAUGCCUUACAUGCGGUACAGCCGGAAGGUAAGCAGGAAGGUAUGGGACCAGGUGAAGGCCUCCAACCCAGACCUGAAGCUGUGGGAGAUUGGCAAAAUUAUCGGAGGGAUGUGGAGGGACCUGACUGACGAAGAGAAGCAGGACUACCUGAACGAGUACGAAGCGGAGAAGAUUGAGUAUAAUGACUCUCUGAAGGCCUACCAUAACUCUCCAGCCUACCUGGCUUACGUCAACGCGAAGAACCGGGCUGAAGCCGCCAUGGAGGAGGAGAGCAGGCAGAGGCAGAGCCGUUUAGACAAAGGCGACCCAUAUAUGAGCAUUCAGCCUGCUGAAGACCCUGAUGACUACGAUGACGGUUUUUCAGUGAAGCACACAGCAGCCGCUCGCUUCCAGAGGAACCACCGGCUCAUCAGCGACAUCCUCAGUGAGUUUGUGGUGCCCGAUGUCCGCUCAGUGGUCACCACAGCCCGCAUGCAGGUCCUCAAGAGGCAGGUCCAGUCUCUUAUGGUUCACCAGAGGAAGCUGGAGGCCGAGCUUCUGCAGAUCGAGGAUCGCCACCAAGACAAGAAAAGGCGUUUCCUGGAGACGACGGACUCCUUCAACUCUGAAUUAAAACGGCUGUGCAGCCAGAAAGUUGAGGUGGACAUGGAGAAGCUCGCCGCUGAGAUGGCUGCUGCUGAGGAGGCGGCCAGACGCCGGGCAGAGGAGAGGGAGCGUGAGGCAGCAGAGCAGGCGGAGAAAGCCGCUCAGCAGGCGCAGCAGCAGCAGCAGCAACAACAACAACAACAACAACAACAACAACAACAGCAGCAGGAUGAGGAAGCUGCUGCUGCUAACAAAGCUGCAGAGCAGAAUGCUAAUGCUACAAACACGGCUAACCCCACCUCAGGGACCAAGGAGGAGGACAUGCCCCCACCUGGAGCAACAGAUAAAGCAGCGCCUGCCGAACCCUCAUCCGAAACUCAUCCCACUCCACCUCCUCCGUCUGAACCUCCCUCGUCUGCCUCUGAUAAAGCAACCCCUCCCCCCGAGCCUCCCAGGGAGAGCAGCACACCCAGCAGCAGCAGCGGCAGCAGCAUCCCCAGUGACGACAACAGCAACAGCAUGCCGCCUCCACCCGCCGACAGCAGCCCCGCAGUUGCUGCCCCAGAGCCUCCAGCGGCACAGGAAGCUAACCCCAGUGCUGCUAACUCUAACGGGUCCACAGCACCGCCUCCUCCUCCGCCUGCCUCAGAAGAACCAGCCCCUCCUCCACCACCACUACUGCCCUCAAACCAAAGCAGCCAACAGUAUGACAUGUAAGAAGUCGUCUCUGGAUGGAGCAGCAGGUGUAGAAACAGUGAAGUCCAGUUCAGACCUGGUGUUCACAGCCGUCUCUGGUGAAACCAUCACAAGCUGUCGUUGACAUGACGUGUCAUCAUUAGACCAACAGAAAACUCUGGGAACAGAAAAUGACGUGUUUGUACGUGCACAUAGAGCAGGGUCGUCGCUGAACACACGUGUGGAGAUGCGGUCUGUGCGUUUCCAUGCACAGAUCAGUCGAGCUACGCUUGUGGGUAAUGAAUUUAUGUCCAACUCCACUCCACUAGGUGGCGAUAUGGUCAUUUGCAGCUUGUUAGUUUCAGACAUUUUCUGUCACAGGCCAAAAGAGUUGCAGCUGGUGACUCGUUGAUGUCAUGUCAAGCAUCAAUCGCUGUUUUUGUACCGUACUUUAACUUUAAAAUAUUUCAUUAAGUAUUAAAUCCACACCUCCAGGGUUUAGCCGUGUUUUUCUUACUGUUAUCUUUUGAAUACUGGCUUUGUUUCCCUAUCACAGACCCAGUCACUGUGGACCAUAGGUAGAGAACCUGUAGUUUAUAGUACCAACCACUUAAUCUGGGCGUGUUGGUCUGACUGACAUUUUGACUCCAACUAGCAUGUUUGCGUGUAUUGUAAAAGUCUGGUUUUGGUCGGACUCACACUUUUUUGACUGUGAUGCCACGUGUUGAUUGGUGACCACUUGUGAUUUUAUCCCUGGAGAUGUUUAAUGCCACGUCUGAACUGGGCCUCAGAGGGAGCAGCUGCAGCAGCUGAUGGUUGAGAGUCUCUUAGUAAAGGUCAACAAAUAAGUUAACGUACAUUUCAUUUGAAUUACUGUAUCUAGCUUCAUAUGUCUGGACCAACCGAGGUGAAUGGAGGAUUUCUCUUUACUUGUAUACGUCUCCUUUUGAAGUAGUUUGACCAGAAAUGAUCAGCAAGUGACAUUUGAUAUUGUACCAUUCAUAUUUUUUAGCUUAAAACACCUGCAGACA